AUGCUCGGCAGAAGUUUGGUUCGAACCAAGAUUCUCAAGCUUCCCAGAACGAUUACCGGUUACUCACUCAGCGGUGAUCGUCUGCCUUCCAUUAUUUCAGUUCCUUCUCUAAAACGUGGCAGCCAUAUACAAGACAAACCAAAUUUAGUUCGUAAGUUUUCUGUUAUAUCAUGUCAUUUUCAAAAUGUUGAAGUUCCCAUCAGUGAAAUGACUCAGGAUGAAUUGUCGUUAUUACGUAGCGAGCGUGCUAGGGAUAAGGUCGAUGUUUGCAUUGUUGGUGGUGGUCCAUCAGGAUUAGUAACCGCUAUAAAACUCAAACAGCUAGAUCAUUUAUCUGGUUCAGGUGAGUUAAGAGUCGUUGUGCUUGAUAAAGGUCCUGAAAUUGGAUCACAUAUAGUUUCUGGUGCCAUCCUAGAACCAACUGCCUUGAGAGAAUUAUUUCCCGAGAGCGAAUUCUACGAUGAGGAUGGAAGUGGUAUUCCUUUACCAUCUGAUCUGGUUACUAAGGUCGAAGAAGAAGAAUUCAAAUAUUUGUUUGGCAAAUUUGCCGUUACUCUUCCAGAACCACCUGAGAUGGUGAACAAAGGGAAAAAUUUUAUAGUUUCCCUAUCACAAGUUACAACUUGGCUCAGUGAAAAAGCUGAGGAGCUUGGCGUUGAAGUUUAUUCCGGAAUUGCAGUAUCUGAGGUGAUAUACUCUGAUGAAGAAAAGUCUGUUCUUGGAGUGGCUACUAAAGACAUGGGUAUUUCAAAAUCUGGUAAACCGAAGGAUUCCUUUGAAAGAGGAAUGGAAUUCCGUGCAAGGCAAACAGUAUUUGCUGAAGGUUGUCAUGGAUCUUUAACCAAACAGUUAAUAAAGAAAUUUAACUUACGCGAGGGAAGAGAUAAUCAAACCUAUGGUUUGGGUCUGAAAGAAGUCUGGGAAGUUAAGCCCGAAAAUUUUAAAAAAGGCUUUGCUUCGCAUACUUUAGGCUAUCCUCUUUCUACUGAUAUGUACGGUGGUGGAUUUCAAUAUCAUUUCGGUGAUGGUUUGGUUACUGUAGGUCUCAUAGUAGGCUUAGACUAUAAGAAUCCAUGGGUCUCUCCAUACCAAGAAUUUCAGAAGAUGAAACAUCACCCAUAUUAUGCAAAUGUUCUACGAGGAGGUAAAUGCAUAGGAUAUGCUGCUCGCGCUUUGAAUGAAGGUGGUAUUCAGUCUGUCCCUAAGUUGUGCUUUCCUGGGGGUUGUUUGGUUGGCGCUGCUGCUGGUUUUCUGAAUGUCCCUAAAAUCAAGGGCACACAUACCGCUAUGAAAACUGGAAUGUUAGCGGCAGAAGAAAUAUUUAAAGCUAUUUCAAGCCUACCAACUCUGUCUGAAUUAGAAGAACAAGGUAUGGAUGAUUCUGCUGAAAAUAUUAUUAAUUUAGAAUCUUACGAAAAAGCUUUUAAGAAUUCCUGGGUUUACAAAGAAUUAUGGAGGGUACGUAACAUCAGACCGUCUUUCAAUACACGUUUAAGCAGAUAUGGUGGUAUUCUUUAUUCUGGAUUGGAUUCUUAUAUAUUGAAGGGAAAAGUUGGAUGGACCUUCCAUCAUCACCAGUCGGAUGCCACAUGUACCGAACCAGCUUCCAAAUAUAAUAAGAUUGAAUAUCCAAAACCAGAUGGAAAAUUAUCUUUCGAUAUUAUGACAUCUGUUUCUAGGACGGGAACUUAUCAUGAUGAAGAUGAAAGAUGUCAUCUCAGGGUUCCUGAUCAAGAUAUGAAAAAUUUCACCAAAAAGUCUUAUCCCAAAUGGAAAGGCAUCGAAUCUCGGUUUUGUCCAGCUGGGGUAUAUGAAUAUGUAGAAGAUGAGAAUUCACCAUUAAAAUUAAGAUUCCAAAUAAACUCACAAAACUGUAUCCAUUGUAAAACUUGCGAUAUUAAAUCACCAACACAAGAUAUCAACUGGGAAGUGCCUGAAGGUGCUAAGGGCCCAAAAUACUCCUUAACUUAA